AUGGGGUUUAUCGAUUUCAUCAAGGACAUUUUGCGUCCGGGCAAUGGGGUGGAUUACCCAAAGCCAGGUGACAUGGUGACAGUGCAUUACCACGGCUAUCUUUACGACCCGGCACGAUUCGAUAGCAGUAUUAAACGGGGAUUUCCUUUUACUUUCAAGGUCGGUGUCGGCCAGGUUAUCAAAGGAUGGGAUGUCGGUAUCCUGGGGAUGAGUCUGGGUGAGAGAGCAUAUCUUACCUUUGGCCCUCACUAUGGAUACGGCGAGAAGGGAGCCCCUCCAUUUAUUCCUGGCAAUUCAACCCUCGUCUUGUAA